GAAGGAUGGAUGAUGAUAUGUCAUGAAGUUUGUCCUGCAGCAGAGAGCAAGAGUCCAACAGUGAUUCGAACUCGGGAGGCCUCAACAUUAAACAGUGACUGGCGAAAUAUCUAAACCGCUCUUUGCAUUUUGGGAGGGACACUUUAGAAGAUGAAAGGACAGAACUUGAACUUCGUGACCAGCUCGCAUUCAUCCUCAACAUGCACCAGAACAUCUUAAGGUACCUUGAGAAUCAUAACAGAUGUGGCACUACCGAAAACCGUUUGAGAGGCCAGAACCCACUAAUUGCAGAGUUGGAACAGUGUGGGCUUGUUAGCCACAGCAAUCAUGAAGAGUACUUUUUAAAUGGGCAUUUGGAUCAGACAGUGCACAUGGAAGGUCUGAAAAUGUGCAAACUGUCUGAGUCACCUGUGUCGAUAACAACAGAUGAUCUUGAUUUGGUCUGUUCCACAGAAAGUGCCAUUGGGUUGUAUAUCAAUGGAGUGAAGAGUGACUCAUCCUGCAGUCUUUCAGUUGGAGAUAACCUAUCACAAGUUAUCGAUACCUUGUCCCCCUCCUUAUUCUGCUCUGCGGUGUCCAUGUCAUCUUUCAAUGCCUUCUCUCCAUCCUUCUCUUCCCCUUCCUCCAGCCUCUCAUCUGGCUCUUUGUCAGAGUUUUGUCAGAACUCUCCAUCACUUUCAACCCUCUGUGGUCCAUCUGUGGAACAACAAGACCUUCUCUUCAGUUGUACACAGCAGCAUCAGAACAAACCCCCAGAAGGGUGUGUGUUUGCCAAUCAGGAACCUGCUGCUGAAUUUCAGAUUUGUAACAAGAAGCUUCUACAAUUUGAAAACAAGAAGGAACUGCUUCGGUAUCUCUGCUCUGACUCAAAUGCAACCAAUGAGCAAACCAGGCACCUUAAUGUUUACAGUAGUCAGACAGUACCAUCUAAGGAACUUCCAAUACUGCAUCAAUGUAAGAAUGACUUGGGACUGAGCUGGCCACAUGGAGAUGAGGGAAUGAAUGGCCACCUUAAGGAUAAACAGCCAUGUCGGUGGAUGGAUUGUCAGGCUACUUAUGGGCUGAAAGAAGAACUGGUGCAGCACAUAGAGAAGGUUCACAUAGAUCAGCGAAAAGGGGAGGACUUUACCUGCUUCUGGGCAGGAUGUGUCCGUCGAAACAAGCCCUUCAAUGCUCGAUACAAGUUGCUCAUUCACAUGAGAGUCCAUUCUGGUGAGAAACCCAACAAGUGCAUGUUUGUAGGCUGUAAUAAGGCAUUUUCCCGUCUGGAAAACCUAAAGAUCCACCUACGCAGCCACACUGGUGAGAAGCCUUACAUAUGCCAGCACCCCGGCUGUCUCAAAGCCUUCAGCAACUCCAGUGAUCGAGCCAAACACCAGCGGACACACCUGGACACAAAGCCAUAUGCUUGUCAGCUCCCAGGGUGCACCAAACGCUAUACGGACCCCAGCUCUUUGCGCAAACACGUCAAGGCCCACUUCAGUAAAGCCCUGCAGGCACAGGACAAGGGCCAGCUACGUAAUAAGGUGGAGCAGGAAGUUGUGGAUGUGUGCUUUGGCCUGCAGCAUCUCCAUGGAUCUACUCCUUCAGUACACAUCCCAGACCACAGGUGUUCCAGCUCCCUCACUAAGAUUCAUCAGGAAAGCUUUACUGCAUACUCUGCGGAUGAUGAAUCGUUCAGCAGAGUCUUAUCAGGAUCCAUCAAUAUGAAUCUGGAGCAAUCCACCAGACACUGCAGUAUUAGCCUCCACAACCAUCUACCCAAUAACAAGAUUAAUCAGCCGAGACUUUCUCCUCUGGUUUGUGGAAUCAGCCUGGUCAGUGGUACAAAUGAGCUCCAUGCUGUGUCUGACAAGCACAACUUCAUCUUAAACCCACAUCAAAAACUCAACCAGAUGUUUAAUGAAGUACCAAUAAAUCACCAAGUUUUUCAGGCCACUUUUAAUGGAGUUGAGCAGAUUUGCAGUAAUGGAAGAGAUGAUCUGCACAAUUUUGACCAAAAUGGAUUCCCUUUAACCUGUAUAAAUUCCUCUGGCCACAUCCUAACCCAGGAUGCACAGCCAGUGAGUGGGCAUCACCCCCCUCCAUGUUCCAGUUGGGAUCUAUGACCGUUGCCUCAGUCAGAUCUGUGGAGGAAUGGUUUAAAAACUGGUGACGAUACAUUAAGACAUGGGUGAUUAAGGAAGUGGAAUUCUGGAUAAAGAUUCUCCAAUCACAACAGAACUGUGUGAAAAACACUUUGCUUGGGCAAUAUCCUCUCAAAGAUUCCUUGAGCAGUGAGUCAGACCUUUAAUGACAGCUGUGCUCUUGAAAGAGAAAUUCUGCAACUUUGGUACUGAUAAUGAUGAUGCAGCCUUAUGUUUGGAUUCAAAACAGUGGAAUUUUUAUGUUUAGUUUGCCCAGAGAAUAAGAUUAAGGAGUGAUACUGUUUACAAUGAGUUAGUAACAGGACACGAUUCUUUAAGUAAUAUUUAUGUUGUAUUUUUCUUCAACAUUACAUUAUGUAGGCUACCAUUUUGUCUUUCUCAAAUAAACCGAAGAGG